AAAAUGGCGGCCUCCAUGGCUCACGAAUGCGAGGAAAAAGCGGAUUGGAAAAUCGCUGUUCCUGUGGAUGACAUUAGUCCUUGCAUUGAAGGAAGUAUAUGUAUAGGUGGAGAAGGAAAGAGACAUCAGAUCUACGCUAUUCAGAAUGGUACUGAGUACGUGUACAUCUAUGAAAAUAUGACCAGAAAGGGCAUCCUUCAUCUACCAGACCAGUGUCGUUGUAUGUGUGUGUACGUGUCCAGAGAUGCAGUGGGAGAUGAACAUCUUGUUUGUGGGUUGCGGGACGGACGAAUCAUCCAGCAAAACUUACAGCUCUUCAAAGAUGACACCAAAUCAAAGAAAAAGAAGAAAAAGAAAGACAAACAUAAAAGUAAAGAGAAGCCACAGACAGCUGUUUUGCAUCAUCAGGGAAGCCACGAGGAUAUCUUUGGUGGUCUCUUGGAACCUGCUGAUGCGAGGCCAUCUUGCUCGCAUGGCCCUCCACCUACAAUUGAGGAAGACGGGUUGUCGGAAAAUGUAGUCAUCUUAGGAGAUUCACAUGUGCUCCUGAACGAGCCCAACAUCCAAGACCUGAUUUUUGUGAAAGGUCGUCUGGUCACUUGUUCAAAGUGUACAGUAGGAUGGACGCUAUCUGUGUACCGUCCAGAGGUCAAAGGUCAACUUGGUGAUACAAUGAUAUCCCAUCAUGCCGUUGGCAAACAAGGACUUGAAUUUCAGAAGUCGCCAUCAUUCAGGACAUUCCUACCUGAGAGUGGAAUGGAAUCAUCCAGUCACCAUGGAGACAGAACUAUCAACCAAUCUGGAGCCACACAUUGCCUGGGAGAGCCAAUAGGUUUUGAGGCUGAGGGAUCAGGAAAAAGAAAGAAGCCGCAGUUGUUUUGCGUAGUUUCAAAGAGUAUGUGCGAAAAAGAGGAUAUCACAAAGACUACUCCAGGAAGAUCCAUGAUUCUGGAAGACAGUCUAUACAACCAACUUUUUGGCACAGACUUCAAUUUCCUCGACACUCCAAUUAUCCUCAUUUCCCUCCCAGAUGGCCACAUAUACUUCUCCCCUCUCAGAACCCUUGGAAUCACCCAAGUGAGCAGGCCCAAACAAGUCAGAACUGGAUCAAACUGGUUUGGUCUGAACACAAGUCUAUUCUACGUUUUGGACCAACCAGCUGCGACCAUUCAUGGGUUCAACACAAGGGUCUCGUUAGAAGCAGGGCAAGAAAAUCGGAACACCGACACCACACUGCAUGUCUGUGAUUGUGUGUGCAUUGUUGGUCAAUAUGGGAAGGUCGUCCAAAUCACGGAAAACAACACGACCAACCAAAAGGAGACACUCAAGUUCAGCGAAAGUCACGUCAAGGGACCUGUGCAAACCAUUUGUAGGACCAGAACUCCACAUAACUUGCUGUAUUCGACUGGAAAAGAGAUAUAUUCUCUCUCACUCUCAGAAGCCUCUCAAAAGGGUUCAGCAAGAGAAGUUCAGGGGUGCAAUGCUUCAAGUUCGUUUGUCUUGGGAAUUGGGAAGAUCAGAGCCAUGGCUGUGGUUGGCAGAGCUAGCAAAGACUCAAGUUUUGCCAACCCCUUUGUUGCUCUGACUGAGGAUGGGAGUGUUCUAAAGCUCCACCCACCAACAGAUGGUACCCAUGGCAACAAGCAUCCACCAAUUACAGCGGCCGCAGCCGGCAAGAGAAUGCAGGAACUGCUGCAAGCGAUCAACAGCAUCUCUGAGAGGACUGGUGAGCUGGCCAAGCUCGGCGAAACUCAAGAUCACAUCCUUCUAGAAAUGAGCCAAGCAUGCCAUGUGGCCGGUGUGUUGCUAAGUGACCACAACUCGGCCAAAAGUUCCACCAUCUUUGCUGCGGAUGUUCAUUGUGAGAUUAGAAAUGAUGGUAAUGCAUGCAGUUUGGAGCUCCUGUGCCAGCUGACCAAUCACAGCAAGUGGAGCCUGUCACAUGGUUGGUCCCUCGUGGUGUCUGUGAACGCCAACCCUGAUUGGACAAAACUUGAGGAGGACACGAGACAUCAUGUGACAAAGAGCCUGCCAUUGGUCAACUUCCGUCCAAUCCAAACUGUUCAGCUUAUUUUCCCAUUGCAUCAUGGGAACACCAUGCUAGCAAUGCCUGUGGAUGUGCAAUGUUUUUUUCAUUUUUCACCCGAGGAGUGUAUGCACUCGAUCUUGCCAGAAAAGACAAACUUGAAGACAGAAACUCACUUCAAAGUUGGCGAAUGUGGGAUUUUAAUUCCACUGAUGCAACAAAAAGUGAUAGAUAUACUGUCAGUUUUGAGACCACUUUCUGACCACCGACAUGCAGCUCAAGGCGUUGCACCAUACCAGACUGUAAGGAACAGAGGAUGUGAUUGGCUGGCUUCAGCAUUGGAGAGUGCAGCGAGCCUCAGACCCUCAGCCAAUAGGAUGGGUUGUACCAGUUCAGAAAAGACAGGCGGUUCAGGAUCAGCAUCUGUGUGUAUAAGCAUCAGCAAUGAUGUAACAUCAAUGAUUCUGCAACACAGGAAAGAUGGUGCUUAUAAUUCAGAGUGUAAUACACAAGAACAGAUUCUCAGGUGGCUUUUGGAGGACAACAGGCUCGCUACACAUCCAACAAAUCCACUCCGUCUACUAACACUGGAUGCAAAGGUCGUGACCUUUGAGGUGAAAGUUCAAAGUUCAGGAUCGGAGAGACGAGAAGGAGCAGUGAAAGACGGCAGCAAGGCAUCCAGGCAAGGAGAUGAAAUGGUGGAGAUUGUCAUCACGGCACCAGACUGUCUGACCCUGUGCCAACUGCAGCUGGCAGUGAACAGAAAAAUUAAGAUGGUUUUGGAAAGUGUUGGCAAAAGUAGAGGCAUCAGCACAUCUCAAGACGGACUCCAGAAACAGCUCCGGAAAGUUCAGGCGUUGCAAAGGAAACUCCAGUCUCUCCAAGACAACAUGAUUCUGCACGAUUGCUAUGACAACCAGUGCAGUCACAAUCAAGUCGGCACCCCAACACUUGAACUCUAUCAACAGAUGAGGAGCCAGCUGACCUUUAUGUGAGGUCAGAGUGCAAAGGUCAAAUGCAGCUGAUUAAUGUAAUGUCCAACUUGCCAGAUUUAUGGUAUAUUAAAACCAAAACAGGCACAUGAGCACUACUUUCACGAGGCCCCCUUCAAUGGAUAAACCAUUGUGCAUGCUUUUGUACAAAGCAACUGCCUGAGACGAACUAUCUGAACAAUAGCUAGCACAAUACUGUCGCCAUUAAUGGGGGCCUUCGUGAUAGAAUUGAUUGUGUUUCGUUUACAGUUUUUUGAAGUCUAUAGUUUAAGGAAAUUCUUUGUUUGGUUGUUUUAGAUUGCAAGUUUUCUCAAUUAUUUUGGGAUCGUACAAAUUUCAGUCUGAUUUUAAGGAAUCACGAAUAUUGACAACGCACAGAUUUGUAAUAUGUGCCUGGUUUUUAUUAUCAUUCUUCAGAAAUAAUUAGAUGUAUUGGAAAGGCAGUUGACGGGCACAUUAUGUACAAAGCGUGUAGGGUUUUUGGCCCUUUUUUCCAAUACGACAGCAGGACAAAUUAAUAAUUUAAGCAAAAAAAAUCAAUGAGCAAUAUAUCUUUUAGCAUAUGGAAGUAUUUUAAGGGAAUUUGUCAGUUAAUUCUGGCUAGACCAAAUUUAUAGAACAUUCAACAGCCGUUUCAUGAGGUGCAACAAGGUUCAGUAAGUACAUGAAACAGAUGCAGGUUAUUACAUCUCAUUCAGUUUAAACAGAUUGGCUGAAUUUAAGUUCUAGUCUAAAAAAAAAAUCAAAUCAACGUUUUGGAUUAGUUAAAAUUACAAUAUCUGCUUGUUAGUCAUGAGGAAACUAUAACUUUGGAAAUUUAGCCUUAAGCCCAAAAAAAAAGUCUCCUGUUUCUGGUAUGGAGUUGCCCUAAAAGUGGUGCGAGGACGCAGCUUUUUUCUUUUCUUUUUCCUUCUUUUUUUUCACUUCUUUUUUUUUUUCUUCAAAUGUCGGCUGAUGACUGCAAAUGGUGUCUAACUAUUUAGUGCAAAAUAUAUGGGAGUCCAGAGAGGCCACCUAAAGCUUAUACUCGAUUGUAACCCCAUCUAAAAACACAUUAAUAUUGUGCAGCAGCAGGAUUCCAGUCAAACCAGUGAGUUUGGCAGUUUUGAGACAUCAUCUUACAUUGAAAAAAAACUUUUUCAUUUUGCCGACGCGCAUGGCUACGGUGACACGCAUGCAUACCAGAAACCGCAACCUUUUUUUUGGCCUUAAUUAUAUGUACACAUAUAUGAAGUACAAUAAGUGACAACAGUUCAGGGGUACAAAAGGCUAUGCAAUCAAGAAAUAAAAGAUUUGAUAUGAAA